AUGUUGGGUGCCUUCAAGAAGGAUACCCUGAUCGACCUGGAGUUCGGCUCCAAGUUCACUACGAAGCCGAUGAAGGCCUGCUUGCCUUACGAACGUUUGUUCCAGGGCGAAACCGACGGCAGCUCCUUCCCCAACGGCGGGCUGCGCGUGACGCACUCUGCGGCCGCCUUCACCACCUGGGACCGCGCCUCGCCGCCCUUCGUGAUGGAUAAGUGCCUCUACAUUCCCUGCGCCUUCGUGACUCACUUCGGCAAGUGCAUCGAUGAGAAGACGCCACUGCUCCGCUCCAUGGAUGCAGUGACCGUCAGUGGCUUGAGGCUGUUGAAAGCCAUUGGCAUCGGAACUGAUGCAAAGGCCAUGCAGAGCUACCUGGGUUGGGAGCAGGAGUUCUUUGUGAUGCCAGCUGAUCUCUACAAGGCCAGGCCUGACCUGGUGAACUGCGGCCGCACCUUGUUCGGCAAGUUGCCCACCAGACAUCAGCAGGGCGACUUGAACUACUUCCAGCCAAUCCCUGGCAGGGUGCAGGAGUUGCUGGACAUCGCCCAGGCAGAGAUGCUGAAGAUCGGCUGCCCCAUGGCGGUGAAGCACAACGAGGUGGCACCGGGGCAGCACGAGAUGUCGCCCGUCUUCCGCACGGCCAAUGUGAGCUGCGACAGCAACGUGUGCUUUAUGGAGGUCAUGAACCGGGAAGCGCAGAAGUUGGGCUUGCAGGUGCUUUUCCAUGAGAAGCCCUUCGCCGGCAUCAACGGAAGUGGCAAGCACGCCAACUGGUCCAUUGGAACUGACACGGGAAUCAAUUUCUUCUACCCUGGCAAGACUGAGGCGCAUGCCAAGCUCUACGUCACGGCCAUCGCCUGCCUGGCCUACGGCCUCUCGCAGUACAACGAGAUGGUCCGCUGCACCGUGGCCGGCGCCGGCAACGACCAUCGCCUGGGAGCCCAGGAGGCGCCGCCUGCCAUCAUCUCCUUGUAUCCCGGCCAAGGCUUCGAGACAUUCAUGGAAUCCAUCGUGGCGGGAGGCGAUUUGCUGGGGUACAAGGCCGAGAAGAAGAAGCAGGCCACCGGCUGCAGCGCCGCCAUGCACAUCGAGGCCCCUGUUGAGGAUCGAAACCGUACCGCACCCUUCCCCUUCUGCGGCAACCGGUUCGAAUUCCGCGCCGUGGGCUCCUCGCAGAACUGUUGCUUCCCAGUGAUGGUUUGCAACGCAAUCAUGUCUGCAGGAAUGGCCCACAUGGCUGGUUUGAUCGAAGGUGGCAUGAGCCACAGGGAUGCUGUGGCGCAGGUCUUCAAGGAGAACAAGCACGUGAUCUUCACGGGCAACGGCUACAGCGCCGAGUGGCCCGUGGAGGCCGAGAAAAGGGGGCUGCCCAAUCUGAACACCACGCCCAAGGCCAUUGCGACCUGGAACUCGGUGAAGAACAAGAAGCUGCUGGAGACCCUGAAGAUCUACACCGAAGAGGAAACCGAGGCCCGUCAGGAAGUGAUGUACGAGAACUACAUCUCCUCCAUGUGCUGUGAAGUUGAAACCAUGGUGCAGAUGACCGAGACCGGCUUCUUGCCUGCUUGCGCCAAGGACCUGGAGAAGUACAAAGGCUUCGAGAAAUUGGCGGGCAGCCGCAAGACGGUCUAUGAGAGCAUCGUGGAGCACCUGGAGAAGCUGAAGACCUCCUUCAGCUCCAAGCCACACGGUGGUCUCCCGGAGGAGGCCCUGUACCUCUGCGACACCGUGAAGCCGCUGAUGGCGAAGCUGCGCACGGCUGUGGAUGCGGCGGAGAAUUUGAUGGAACAGGGCGUGAAGUUGCCCAGCGCCGUUCUGCAACGCUUCAAUGACUGCCUCAUCAGUGGUGCCCCCACCCCUGAGGAGGAUCAGAAGAUCAUCGCCGAAGCCAUCUUCGAAUGGGCACGGGAGUUUGGUGCCAUCGAUUUCGCCCAUUGGUUCUUCCCUCUGCGCGGUGGCGGCGGCGCCGUGGGCGGCAUGUUGGGUGCCUUCAAGAAGGAUACCCUGAUCGACCUGGAGUUCGGCUCCAAGUUCACCACGAAGCCGAUGAAGGCCUGCUUGCCUUACGAACGUUUGUUCCAGGGCGAAACCGACGGCAGCUCCUUCCCCAACGGCGGGCUGCGCGUGACGCACUCUGCGGCCGCCUUCACCACCUGGGACCGCGCCUCGCCGCCCUUCGUGAUGGAUAAGUGCCUCUACAUUCCCUGCGCCUUCGUGACUCACUUCGGCAAGUGCAUCGAUGAGAAGACGCCACUGCUACGCUCCAUGGAUGCAGUGACCGUCAGUGGCUUGAGGCUGUUGAAAGCCAUUGGCAUCGGAACUGAUGCAAAGGCCAUGCAGAGCUACCUGGGUUGGGAGCAGGAGUUCUUUGUGAUGCCAGCUGAUCUCUACAAGGCCAGGCCUGACCUGGUGAACUGCGGCCGCACCUUGUUCGGCAAGUUGCCCACCAGACAUCAGCAGGGCGACUUGAACUACUUCCAGCCAAUCCCUGGCAGGGUGCAGGAGUUGCUGGACAUCGCCCAGGCAGAGAUGCUGAAGAUCGGCUGCCCCAUGGCGGUGAAGCACAACGAGGUGGCACCGGGGCAGCACGAGAUGUCGCCCGUCUUCCGCACGGCCAAUGUGAGCUGCGACAGCAACGUGUGCUUUAUGGAGGUCAUGAACCGGGAAGCGCAGAAGUUGGGCUUGCAGGUGCUUUUCCAUGAGAAGCCCUUCGCCGGCAUCAACGGAAGUGGCAAGCACGCCAACUGGUCCAUUGGCACCGACACGGGAAUCAACUUCUUCUACCCUGGCAAGACUGAGGCGCAUGCCAAGCUCUACGUCACGGCCAUCGCCUGCCUGGCCUACGGCCUCUCGCAGUACAACGAGAUGGUCCGCUGCACCGUGGCCGGCGCCGGCAACGACCAUCGCCUGGGAGCCCAGGAGGCGCCGCCUGCCAUCAUCUCCUUGUAUCCCGGCCAAGGCUUCGAGACAUUCAUGGAAUCCAUCGUGGCGGGAGGCGAUUUGCUGGGGUACAAGGCCGAGAAGAAGAAGCAGGCCACCGGCUGCAGCGCCGCCAUGCACAUCGAGGCCCCUGUUGAGGAUCGAAACCGUGCCUUCGGCCGAACAGUCGGUACCGCACCCUUCCCCUUCUGCGGCAACCGGUUCGAAUUCCGCGCCGUGGGCUCCUCGCAGAACUGUUGCUUCCCAGUGAUGGUUUGCAACGCAAUCAUGUCUGCAGGAAUGGCCCACAUGGCUGGUUUGAUCGAAGGUGGCAUGAGCCACAGGGAUGCUGUGGCGCAGGUCUUUAAGGAGAACAAGCACGUGAUCUUCACGGGCAACGGCUACAGCGCCGAGUGGCCCGUGGAGGCCGAGAAAAGGGGGCUGCCCAAUCUGAACACCACGCCCAAGGCCAUUGCGACCUGGAACUCGGUGAAGAACAAGAAGCUGCUGGAGACCCUGAAGAUCUACACCGAAGAGGAAACCGAGGCCCGUCAGGAAGUGAUGUACGAGAACUACAUCUCCUCCAUGUGCUGUGAAGUUGAAACCAUGGUGCAGAUGACCGAGACCGGCUUCUUGCCUGCUGGCGCCAAGGACCUGGAGAAGUACAAAGGCUUCGAGAAAUUGGCGGGCAGUCGCAAGACGGUCUAUGAGAGCAUCGUGGAGCACCUGGAGAAGCUGAAGACCUCCUUCAGCUCCAAGCCACACGGUGGUCUCCCGGAGGAGGCCCUGUACCUCUGCGACACCGUGAAGCCGCUGAUGGCGAAGCUGCGCACGGCCGUGGAUGCGGCGGAGAAUUUGAUGGAACAGGGCGUGAAGUUGCCCAGCGCCGUUCUGCAACGCUUCAAUGAGUGCCUCAUCAGUGGUGCCCCAACGCCCGAGGAGGAUCAGAAGAUCAUCGCCGAAGCCAUCUUCGAAUGGGCACGGGAGUUUGGUGCCAUCGAUUUCGCCCAUUGGUUCUUCCCUCUGCGCGGUGGCGGCGGCGCCGUGGGCGGCAUGUUGGGUGCCUUCAAGAAGGAUACCCUGAUCGACCUGGAGUUCGGCUCCAAGUUCACCACGAAGCCGAUGAAGGCGGCAUGCGAUUGGAGGGAUGACCCAAGCCAGGCCUGCUUGCCUUACGAACGUUUGUUCCAGGGCGAAACCGACGGCAGCUCCUUCCCCAACGGCGGGCUGCGCGUGACGCACUCUGCGGCCGCCUUCACCACCUGGGACCGCGCCUCGCCGCCCUUCGUGAUGGAUAAGUGCCUCUACAUUCCCUGCGCCUUCGUGACUCGCUUCGGCAAGUGCAUCGAUGAGAAGACGCCACUGCUACGCUCCAUGGAUGCAGUGACCGUCAGUGGCUUGAGGCUGUUGAAAGCCAUUGGCAUCGGAACUGAUGCAAAGGCCAUGCAGAGCUACCUGGGUUGGGAGCAGGAGUUCUUUGUGAUGCCAGCUGGUCUCUACAAGGCCAGGCCUGACCUGGUGAACUGCGGCCGCACCUUGUUCGGCAAGUUGCCCACCAGACAUCAGCAGGGCGACUUGAACUACUUCCAGCCAAUCCCUGGCAGGGUGCAGGAGUUGCUGGACAUUGCCCAGGCAGAGAUGCUGAAGAUCGGCUGCCCCAUGGCGGUGAAGCACAACGAGGUGGCACCGGGGCAGCACGAAAUGUCGCCCGUCUUCCGCACGGCCAAUGUGAGCUGCGACAGCAACGUGUGCUUUAUGGAGGUCAUGAACCGGGAAGCGCAGAAGUUGGGCUUGCAGGUGCUUUUCCAUGAGAAGCCCUUCGCCGGCAUCAACGGAAGUGGCAAGCACGCCAACUGGUCCAUUGGAACCGACACGGGAAUCAACUUCUUCUACCCUGGCAAGACUGAGGCGCAUGCCAAGCUCUACGUCACGGCCAUCGCCUGCCUGGCCUACGGCCUCUCGCAGUACAACGAGAUGGUCCGCUGCACCGUGGCCGGCGCCGGCAACGACCAUCGCCUGGGAGCCCAGGAGGCGCCGCCUGCCAUCAUCUCCUUGUAUCCCGGCCAAGGCUUCGAGACAUUCAUGGAAUCCAUCGUGGCGGGAGGCGAUUUGCUGGGGUACAAGGCCGAGAAGAAGAAGCAGGCCACCGGCUGCAGCGCCGCCAUGCACAUCGAGGCCCCUGUUGAGGAUCGAAACCGUGCCUUCGGCCGAACAGUCGGUACCGCACCCUUCCCCUUCUGCGGCAACCGGUUCGAAUUCCGCGCCGUGGGCUCCUCGCAGAACUGUUGCUUCCCAGUGAUGGUUUGCAACGCAAUCAUGUCUGCAGGAAUGGCCCACAUGGCUGGUUUGAUCGAAGGUGGCAUGAGCCACAGGGAUGCUGUGGCGCAGGCAGUGGUGAGUUUGGCCUGUCUUCUGAGGGUCUUCAAGGAGAACAAGCACGUGAUCUUCACGGGCAACGGCUACAGCGCCGAGUGGCCCGUGGAGGCCGAGAAAAGGGGGCUGCCCAAUCUGAACACCACGCCCAAGGCCAUUGCGACCUGGAACUCGGUGAAGAACAAGAAGCUGCUGGAGACCCUGAAGAUCUACACCGAAGAGGAAACCGAGGCCCGUCAGGAAGUGAUGUACGAGAACUACAUCUCCUCCAUGUGCUGUGAAGUUGAAACCAUGGUGCAGAUGACCGAGACCGGCUUCUUGCCUGCUUGCGCCAAGGACCUGGAGAAGUACAAAGGCUUCGAGAAAUUGGCGGGCAGCCGCAAGACGGUCUAUGAGAGCAUCGUGGAGCACUUGGAGAAGCUGAAGACCUCCUUCAGCUCCAAGCCACACGGUGGUCUCCCGGAGGAGGCCCUGUACCUCUGCGACACCGUGAAGCCGCUGAUGGCGAAGCUGCGCACGGCCGUGGAUGCGGCAGAGAAUUUGAUGGAACAGGGCGUAUUUGCAGCCUUUGCCUUCUGCCUGGCCCAGGAGUGGAAUCAACGCGUGAGUCGCGGUGUAAGUCACCGAGUCGGUCAAGGGCAAGCAGGCUGGCUGCUGCAGUUUCUGCUGAGGUGGGCUGCAGAGUGUGAAUUUCUGACCUUCGACCAAUGCUUGUUGCUUCUUUCCUGGCCCUCCUGUUGUGCACAUCGAUUGACGGAGGGCAAGAAAAGUUCACGCAAGAAAGCUGCGAAGGGGAGCAGAAUGAGCUUCAACUGGCCAGCGCGGCUGCUGCAAAGUUGCGCGUUCUUGAGUAGCAUCAGCCUGUUGCUCCGGGGCCCAGCGUUGGAUGGUGCUGUGUUGCUUCCCUGGGCUUCCUUGAUGUCCCUGGUCCACAUGACCCUGCCGGCGCCAGAGAUACCUUUGGAUCAGUUCAUUCCCUGGUGGUCGUUGCUGGUCAUCACGGUGGUUGCCUUGGGCAAUGCUGAAUCGCCGGUGAAAGAUGCGCUGGGGCUUCAAGGAGGAAGAUUUGAUGGCGGACCUUUGCUGUGGUCCAUUCUGUGUGUCGUCAUCUCCACCGUAGCCUUAGUGGCCUGGUCCUGGUGGGUUCGCGGCGACCAUGGCCCGAUCCAAGAGAUCCUGGCGCCGCUGAUGACGCCAACCACGGUGCUGCCCUUCGCGGUGAUCAACGCCUUCCGGGAGGAGGCUCAGUUCCGAAUGCUCUUCUUGGGCGCGUCGAUAGCGGGCGAGGCAGAGAAAUCUGUGCCACUGAUGGCAUAUGUCAUGACCAUCCACUCCAUGUACUUCGCUCUGCUGCACUUCUUAGGCGGUUUUCCGACUGGACACAGCGGCUUUGCAUUGGUCUUCAUUUGGUCGCUCUUCCUGGACAUCCUCAGAGUGUGGAGUGGCGGCAUGGGGCUGGUUUUUCUCCUCCACGUUCAGGCCGAUGUGGCGAUUUUUCUGCUGGUGUGGAUCGAAGAUCGGCGCAAGGCCCGUCUGGUAGACGCCACCGACUGA